AUGUUGUUCUCCUGCCAGCGUCCAGAAUACAAAACCCGACCAAUAGCACUGGUUCUCGCCCAAGUAUCCUCUUCCAUGAUUAUCCCCUUCGAUAAGAUCAGCAUAAUCGGUGUGCGCUCUACAGGCUUUAACAUGGCCAUGCGCUUUACCGAGAACGGUCUCAGAGUAAUAUCCGCGCUUGAUGUCAAAGGGGAGAACGUAGACAACCUUUCCACCGUAUGGUGUCACGGACUAGAUCCCAAACACCACCAGCAAGUCUAUAUACAAGGACUACCGCAACUUCAUCAACAAUCUCGGCGGCGGCAAGGCACCCAAGCUGUUGGUCCUCAGCGUUCCACAUGGUGGCGCGGCAGACAAAUUUUCGAGCAGAGUCGAGAGCACCUCACCAUGGGAGACAUCAUCUUGGAUGGUGCGAAUUGGUGCGAGCACACUGAACGUCGCGGGAAGGAGCUCCAGCCGCGCGGGGUCUCGUACAUCUCCAUGGGUGUCUCUGGUUAUUUAUUAUCAGUCUGCACGCCGAGGGUCAUCCAUUUCACCGAGCGGGGACAAGGGGGUUUUGGACAAGGUGAUGCCUUUGCUUAG